CAGGACAGAUUCUACAUCCCACAUGAACUACGAAAAUCCUCCACCUUACCCUGGUCCGGGCCCGACUGCCCCUUACCCACCCUAUGCACAGCAGCCGGGUGGUCCUCCUGGCCCAUACCCAGGCUAUCCUCCUGGACCUACUGGGCCAUACCAGCCAGGCCAGCCAGGUUAUCAAGGUUAUCCCCAGUAUGGAUGGCAAAAUGCACCUCCGCCUCCAGGACCGGUGUAUGCAGAUGGGCCUAAAAACACAGUGUACGUUGUGGAGGAGCGACGGAGGGACGACACAGGCGAGAGCGCCUGCUUGACAGCGUGCUGGACUGCGCUCUGCUGCUGCUGCCUCUGGGACAUGCUGACCUGACUGCGCUGCGGCCGCCUCCCGUACCUCUCACUGAGUGCUAUGCAGGCUCCCCACUCCUGUCCCGACCUCUUUCUGUUACUGUAAUCAAUGCUCUGCUUUGCACAGCUCAGAGUUUCUGUCUGUCAGUUCUAGCGCCUUGCUGGGGUGGGGGGUGCACUCCUUUAUUUUAGUAAAGGAAAAAAAUCUCUUUUUAACAUUUCUAAGACUUUUGUUGUAACUUUGAAGAAUGUGCUAAUGGUAUAUUUCAGCCAAAGGCAUUCUGAUGAAAUGUAUAUUUAUCAGUUGAAAUUUUCCUAGUCCUAGAAAUGAAGACGUAUGCAAUAAUUAAAGCCAACAGUUGAUUUUCUUUGCUAGGUCCCGACUGUUUCAAUAAACCUGUCCGGUAGAGGGUGUGCUUCCCC